UUGAAGACUGAACAUUAUAUUUAACUUUUUCUACGACUGGGCGAUAUAUAUCGUUUUUUUAUGAUAUCGAUAUUUAGUUUAAGCACAAUAUCAAAACCAACCAUAUCGUUGAUAUCGAUAUAGACUGGAUUUGUGUUGUAUCUCCCUCAUGCCUAAAUUCGUAGCCCAUGAACUAUCGUUAGCAUUAGCGGCUAAUGGCGGAGCUAAUGUGCUUGAAUGUUCGUCGCGUAGGUCUUUAGAAAAGCCAAGUGUAUACGAUUGUUUGCGUGAUUAAAGUAAUGCAAGUAAUUUAAUACCAAUCUCGAACUAUAAAUGGGAAAACUCACUUUUUUCCAUCGGCUAGCCAUGACUGCACAUCAAACUUUGGAAACGUCGGCGCUUUUUAGUGACGUCACCCACAGAUAAACGCUGCGUAUCUCUAUGAUGAAGGACUAUCACCGUCAAAACUUACUGUACAUUGUUGCGCUGGGCUACAGAGUAUCACGGCGCAAGAUGGCCACGGAGCUUUCCUCUAGAUGUGGGAACUGCCCCCCAAGAAUUCAGAUGAUUACUCCUCAGGUUCAAAUGCUAAUGUGUAUGCAAGUCCAUUGAAAAUGGAAGUAGCAGCAGCAGCUGGUGGAUUACUCAUGGAAGUACACACACACAUGUUAUUAUUAUUUAUGAGGUAUAGUUGGAGAAAGUAAUAUUUGAAAUGUUUUAAUCAGAUUCAUUAUGAUUAUCUAAUUCAUUAAUCAUGAGUAAUCAGCAUGUGUCAUUAUGUCUGAAAUAUGCCCAUUUUUACUGUAUUUUUAUUGAAAGAAAGACAAAUUAUAGAGCAGGAUUAUGUAUAUUUGUAUGUAUUAACAGCGCCAACAUCUACAUCAAAUUAAGAAAACCCACACAUGUCUGAAAAUCUAGCAAAUGUCUCCCACGGAGAGCAGUGGUUUGAUUACAAAAGGCAUUGCAGUGGCAAUGGUAUUUAUGGAGGUGUGUUUGUAUUUGUUGCCAUGACAAAUAUUCUUCUAGAAAGGUGCCUGAUGCUGUUAAUGCUGGAAUAGGACUUCUACUUAGCAUGCAAGCAGAAUGAGAUGAAUGGCGAAUGUGCCGGUAUUUUGAUAAUUUCUGAAAGGGGACAAAAUCCACCCCCCACUUCCUCUGUCCCUCCCUGCCACCUCCUUCUCUUUCUCUCCCUCUCUCUCUCUCUCUCUCUCUUUCCGAGUCCCAGCCCCUGAAGGUGUCAUAACUGUGCUUGCUCUCCCUCUCUCACUCACUCUCUAUCACCGCCUUUCACAUCUUUAAAAGCUGCUGCUUCUGCUGUGGCUUUCUCGAUCUCCGUUUGUCUCCUCUGGCACUGCAGGGAACUCAACUGGCAAAGCACCAAGGAGAGCUACUGUAUAGAAGCGGGUGGGAGAGAAAGAAAGAAAGAGAGAAAGAAAGAAAGAGAGAGAGAGAUAACAGAAAUAGCAUCAACCACAUUUACCUGUCAGUGUGUGAGUGUGGAGAAUUUGGAGAAAUGCAUUUGCUUUGUAACUUAACUAGCGUUGUUUUAUUGCUAAUGGUUCACUGUGGAUGGCGGACAGGGGCCAGUCGUUUGGGCCCCUACAAGGUUUGUCCCAGCUGCAGGGAUCCACUCGGUGCUGGGAGGCCCCCCAGGGAGCACAAUGUGGCAGGCAGCACAACGGUGUUGGCCCAGGGAGAACCCUGUGGCGUGUACACCCUGAGCUGUGCCAAGGGGCUCCGCUGUGUUCCCCCGCCGAGGGAGCACAGCCCCCUUCAGGCUCUGUUGCAGGGUAGGGGCAUUUGUGCCAAGCACAGCAGGACAAGUCCCACUGAGAGGCCCCACCCCACAGGUCCUCAUCCUUCACACAGCGGUGACAUUGAAAAAGCACCGUGCCGCAAAAUGCUCAACAGUGUCCUGAGAGGUUUGGAGCUGACAAUCAUCCAGUCUGACCGUGACAUCUAUAUACCCAACUGUGACACCCGCGGGUUCUACAGGAAAAAGCAGUGCCGCUCCUCCAAAGGUAUGCAGCGUGGCCACUGCUGGUGUGUGGAUGAGCUCGGCACUCCAGUGCCCUCACGUGCCAGAGAAGAUGGUGUUUUACCAUGCGAUGGAGAGUGAGAGACGAGCAUGUGCUAUUGUCAAAACGCCUGCAGGAAGAGGAAGAGGAGGUGGAGAAGGGAGCACAGGGAGAGGGGAAGCUUUAUCAUGGGCUAGACACUGCCUGGACAGGAGGUAGCAGCCACUCCCGAUGGGAAACACACACUUCAUGUCCUCUUUUGAAGAAUGACAAUACAGCCACCUGAAUGUCCAACUGUUACAGCAAUGUUGCCAUCUCGAUACACAGCAUGAUAACGGUCCGUGAACUUCCUCAAUGAUCCAAGCCGUAUUACUGCAAAGAAUCUCCCUAUUCCCUGCCUCUUGUUCCGGCUUUCUAGUUCCUUUUUUUUUUUCAAUUUAGGAUAGCUGACACUGCCUGUGUUUGUUCUGACCUCAGUGGGCUGAAAUACUGUUACGCAGGUGAUGUGACACCAACGUGUGUCAGCCUCACCAUCCUCUCUCCCUCUCUCCAAAGAUACACUGAUAUCAACGUCUCUUAGAAUAAUUUAUUUGGGGGGUCUGUUUUCCAUUAAUUACUGCUUUAAGCUUACAAUACCUUAUAUAUUUGUGUGUGUCGUGUCUGAAAAGAAAGUAAAAAUGAAAAUUACACAGGAUGCUUCUGUUGGUUUUAUUUGUCAAAUUGGUGUGGUGACUGCUUAUCAGUUGAUUGUUUGUACAUUUGUUGGACUUUUGUGAUUGACUGUGUUUUGAAGUAGCAAGCAAAAAGCGUACGGCUGUUAUCCUUUUCCAAAAAAAAAAAAAAAAUUGUAAGGCAUAUUUUUAUACACGUCAAUAUAUUUUAUAUAUGAAUUAUUGGUUUAUUUAAUGAACUACAGUAUAAUGCCAUGUAUUUUUAUAUUGCCAGCUAUUUGUUAUUUAAAGACAGAGAUUAUUUUGUUUCAUGUAGGGGAAGUGCAGUGCUUUCAGGGCACCUUUAUGGCUAAACUAAUCAAAGAUCAAUUCAACUACUGUACAACUUUUGGUUAUAUCUCAUGGUUUUAUUUCCUUAUUUGUGUUUUUUUUUUUUUCAUUUUAAAACUGAGAAUGUCUAUUAUACUAUUGUGUUUUCUCAUACUACUUCUGAUUUCAAUAUGUAACAAAAAAAAAAUGUUUCCCAAGUCUUGCCAAAGCCAUGUCGAUUGUGUGCUAAGUGUGAUUAGAAUUGAUUCCAUUUCUGACCAAUCUUGUUGUGCCAAUGUGUUAACCGUGAUGGAUUGUCUGCGCAAAAAGGACAUUAAACAUAAUGAUAAUAAUGAUAAAUACAGACACAAAUAAAUAAAGCAUAUA